AGCAGCAAUGGCGGCGGGUGGUAGAGGUGUUGCGGAACCUUUUUCCCCCGCGGGGGUCCCCUGCGCCUUCUCCCCGCAAAGCCAGGCCUAUUUCGCUUUAGCGUCUACCGACGGUCACCUGAGAGUGUGGGAGACAGCCAACAACCGGUUGCACCAGGAGUACGUGCCUUCCGCGCACCUCAGCGGUACCUGCACCUGCCUGGCCUGGGCGCCAGCGCGGCUGCAGGCCAAGGAAGGUCCACAGAGGAAAAAAAGGAAAUCAGAAGCUAUAGGGACAAGUAACCAGGUUGAUUUGUUGGCUCUUGGUACAGCAGUUGGUAGUAUUUUAUUAUACAGUACAGUAAAAGGAGAAUUACACAGUAAAUUGAUAAGUGGUGGACAUGACAACAAAGUCAAUUGCAUACAGUGGCAUCAAGACAAUGGCUGUUUGUAUAGUUGUUCAGAUGAUAAACAUAUUGUGGAAUGGAACACACAGACGUGCAAAGUAAAGUGCAAAUGGAAAGGUGAUAAUAGCAGCGUCAGUUCUCUGUGUAUCAGCCCAGAUGGAAAGAUGUUGCUUUCAGCUGGUCGAACAAUCAAACUAUGGGUUUUGGAGACCAAAGAAGUCUACAGACACUUCACGGGACAUGCAACGCCGGUUUCAUCACUUAUGUUCACUACUAUCAGACCUCCUAAUGAGAGCCAACCCUUUGAUGGAAUUACAGGUCUUUAUUUCUUAUCUGGAGCAGUACAUGACCGGUUACUUAAUGUCUGGCAGGUCCGGUCAGAAAACAAAGAGAAGAAUGCAGUGAUGUCUUUUACAGUUACAGACGAACCUGUCUAUAUUGACCUGACUUUGUCAGAAAAUAAAGAAGAGCCUGUCAAGUUAGCUGUUGUUUGCAGAGAUGGUCAAGUUCAUCUUUUUGAACACAUAUUAAAUGGAUACUGCAAAAAGCCUUUGACUUCAAACUGCACAAUUCAGAUAGCAACGCCUGGGAAAGGCAAGAAAUCAACACCAAAACCCAUCCCUAUUCUAGCAGCUGGUUUUUGCUCUGACAAAAUGUCAUUGUUGCUUGUAUAUGGCAGUUGGUUUCAGCCCACCAUUGAGCGAGUGGCUUUAAAUUCCAAAGACCCUCAUAUGUGUUUAGUAAGAGAUAUUUCAAUCUGCUGGGCCCCAAAAGUAGAAACAGCUAUAACAAAGGUGAGAACACCAGUGAUGAAUUCUGAAGCAAAAGUUCUGGUGCCUGGGAUACCUGGUCAUCAUGCAGCUAUCAAGCCUGCUCCUCCACAGACUGAGGAAAUAGAGAGCAAGAGGAAAUUAGGGGAAAAUGAGGUUAGCAUUGAAGAACGCCUGGGAGCACUGGAUAUAGAUACGAAAAAAGAAAAGGACAACCUUCCACAGACAAACAGUUUUCCAGUUCUCCUCACACAGGGUUUAGAAAGUAAUGAUUUUGAAAUGCUAAAUAAAGUACUUCAAACUAAGAACUUAAACCUAAUAAAGAGAACUGUAUUAAGGAUGCCCCUGCAUGCUGUCAUUCCGUUGUUGCAAGAGCUUACAAAGAGAUUACAAGGACAUCCUAAUAGUGCUGUUUUAAUGGUUCAGUGGCUAAAAUGCGUGUUAACGAUCCAUGCAUCCUACUUAUCCACAUUGCCUGACCUGGUACCCCAGCUGGGGACACUGUACCAGUUAAUGGAAAGCAGAGUAAAAAGUUUUCAGAAACUCUCCCACCUUCACGGAAAGCUCAUCCUUCUAAUCACGCAAGUUACAGCGUCAGAAAAAACAAAGGGACCGACUUGUCCUGCACAGAAGGCAAAGUUGGUGUAUGAAGAAGAAUCUUCUGAAGAGGAGUCUGAUGAUGAAAUAGCAGAUAAGGAUUCUGAUGAUAAUUGGGAUGAAGAUGAGGAAGAGAAAGGAAGUGAAAAAGAUGAGGAUGUUGAUGAAGAGGAAGAAGAGGAAGAAGAGGAUGCCGAAGAAAAAGGUGAAGAAAAUGGUGAGGACAGAGAUGUGGCAAGUGAAAAGGAAUUAAAUGGAGAUUCUGAUUUAGAUCCUGAAAAUGAAAGUGAAGAAGAAUGAACAGAGAAGAACAAGUCAAACGAACUAUGUAAACUGGCUCACCUAACCCACUGCUGCCGAGUUCUCCUAUGGAGGGUUGUCUCUGUGACAGAUGCCAAGGACCGCUGCACAUUUCCAAAUUCCUAAUGGUGGCUCCCAUGCCACUUUGCUAUCUUUGAGCACCCCAGACUUAACUGUGUAAAUAAGAGAGUUUCAUUCAAAUGUUAAUAAACUUUACACAGCAAAUA